GGACGUGAGAAUCGGUGGCCCAUUGGGAAAGGUAUUCCCUGAAGGACUGAACUCUUGAAAGCCUGUUUGUUUUUGGGCUGCAACCAUUGAAGUUGUUGUUUUUUCAGUAUAUCCUUUCUGAGGAGGAAAGAGAUGAAAGGGAGGAGCUCCUGACCCAAGUUGAAAUCCAAGGGAGCAUCAACGAAGUCAACAGUAAGUGAUGUCAUUUUGUGAAGGAAGUGCGAGGUGAUAGACUUUUGUUCCCUCAAGUCCCCUGAAGUUGUGUGGCAUCCUUUUCCUCUUUCUGCCUUCUGCUUUUGACAUUGUUUUUGUGGAGGACUUUCGUGCGAGUCCAUUCAUGAGGCUCGGGGGCUUCUCAUGGUUUGAAACCUCCCCAACUCCCAUGGGAUGAAAUCUGUGACCUUGUCCACUGUAGCUGCUCCACAACUAUUUGGCCCCUUUUGUUGUGCCGGAAGGCUGAGACACGCCAUCUGCCCCUUUCCAUCAAGGAUCAUUCAUCUCUGAUGUGGUCUAGGUAUUGUAGACCUCUCCGUGGUCAGGGUAAGUGGUGAUUGGCUAGGCUGGUGCUGCCCGGAAGAGUAGUGAUCGUUAAACCCCCAAUCCCUGAGCGAUUCAAGGGGAAACACCAGCAAGUACAUAAAGUGUGAUUCUGACUGCCAUCUGACUGCCUCCUUGUCCUCCAGGGCUCGCUGCUGUCGAUGAGAUCAAUGCUGUGAUUCGGGAAGGUUAUCCCAGUAACACCGUGAUGGCACUCAUGAAACCUGAGGCCCAGCUCCCGACCGUUCAUCCCUUUGCUGCUGUUCUGUAUCAGGAUGAACUGUUCAACCUUCAGGAACAGAGCUCUUUGAACUACUUGGCCCCCGAGGAGCUGUCCACGACAGUAGAGAAGGUGUCAGCCUUUGCUCUGCUUAACCAGGCGUUGGAAACCGAGGAUCUUGAGUUGACCCAGGAUCGUCUCAAAAAUCCCUCAAUUGACUUCAAUAACCUGGAUGAAGCACACUUGGAACGGUAAGGGAUCCCUCAUUCCUUUCAGCUCUUUGUCAGUGGUACCGCUGAGAUUCUGGAAUCAUUGGCUCCAGGGACCUGUAAUCUCCAGGAUGGAGUCCUUCCUGUCAAAGCCCUUUGGAAAUGUUUUUGGUUUCCUGAUCGGCCAUAUUCUAAGUGGUCAUGAAGAGCUAAGAGUGCUCGUGAACGUUGUCUUGGUUGUAUUUGCUUUUCCGAAAAGGUGGACUUGUUCCUUUCAACUGUGGGGGAUAUGAGGGAAGCUGCCACCGGAACCUACACGUUUGCCAUGCUUUCAGGUAGAGUGGCUACCUUGGGCUUUCUGUCCAGUAAGAGAGGUCCGGUGACAAGCUAAGGAAGAAGUCAGCAGGACCUGCUUUUGAGUCCUCUGUGGCCUGCGUGAGCCAGACCAUGUUGAGCUCUCAGUGUUUAAGGAGCCUCUCUGCACUGGUAGAUCUAAUCACUGUCAGGCAUCCUGCAUUAUCUCCAACCAUCUAUACCAUCACCUGCUCUAAUAGGGGGCAAAGCAGACAUUGAGAAGAGGGGGCUUCCUUUUGCUAUUUCCUUGGGACAGCCCUGAACAGGGUCCUAGCUGGCACUUGCCCAUGUUCAGCUGCUGUUCCUUUCAUUUGAUGCUGCCAGAACUCACUCCUGGACAGCAAAGACACUGGAGCCAUUAGUGCAGGAUGGAUGGAUGUUCUAAACCAAAGUGAAAAGUUUGAGAAAGAAACAUACCUGCAUGUGGAAGAGGGCAAGGCCAGGAUACUUUUUAGUCAGGCUCUACGGGAUUCUCCUCAUUUGUGUUGGUGACCCCCCCGAGGGGAGGUAUUGCUGGUCCUCUCCCAGUGUUAACAGUUAUAAAAUGCCCCACCU